ACAUCACUUUUCUUACUGCCGCGCUGUAACAACCCGCACAAUUCUCAUCGGCUGGAAUUUACACAGGGACACCUGCAGUAGAGACUCACCCAGAUGCCCUGGUUUAAGCGCCAAAAUGCUGCUUUUCCGCGCCUGAGCCGCCACAGCAUAUCCGAGUUGCACGUUGAGACCUGAAGCCGGUUCGUAUUCCGUUAGCUGUGUUCCCCUGGAGCUCACCGCUGUCCCUGCGUCACGUUGUCAUGAAGUUUGCAACGUCCAGACGGCAAGGUGCAUCAUAGUUGCCGAUACCGGAGACAUGUGACUCGCCUCGUAGAAUGACCCGGCAUCAUCGUGGUGGCUCUGACUGGUGUACAAUACAGCCACGGCGAGCAUGUCACGGUGGAGGGUAGCUGCCUAUGGUAUGAGUCGGCUGGUCUACCAUGAACUGGCGCUCUGCCCUCGAAAGACCGGAGCAGCCAUUGGAGAUCCUGGUCAUGGAUUGAAUCUCAGCGAUGUCUCCCGAGUCCCACUCAGAUCCUCUCUGCCCAUUUCAACCCACCUGCAAUCACAAGGCGAAGGCACUAAGAGAUAUUGAUCAGGCUUUCUUGAUUCUUUUGAUCUCGGCCCCCAUGAGGCGGGUAUAUCCCAGAACUACUAUACAUUUCACCUCAUCCCACCCAAGCUCCUCAUCGUCCAAACAAACCAGUGGUAUCCCCAUCAAAAUCCCAAAACCCAAGACCAGAACUCCACGUCAUGCAUGCUUCUCAACCCUGUAUACAUAUAUAUAUAUAUAUAUAUAUAUAUAUAUAUAUACCGGGGAGACACCACAUAUUAACCAAGACCCCCCCAAAAAAAAGGAAGAACAGAGUAAGAAUGAAAGAAGAGAUAAAGAAGAAAAGGAAACUGGGAAUUCGAGGGUCCUCAACAGCACCAGUCCAAAAGUAGCUGCCGGGUCCUCUUACUCCCCCUCUCACCCAACUCUUCCACCCAUCCAGUGUCGUCCAGAACGUAGUAUUGUCCAACAUCCCCUCUUCUUCAUCUUCUUCCAUCUCCCUCCAAACCAACCAACCAACUUGCCUCGCGGCAACCUCUAGUAGCCCGAGUGACAAGAAGAAAAGAAAGGCAGUAGUCUGUUUGUAACAAAGAAACAGUGAUUUGCAACUGAGUGUA